CCUCCAACAUGAAUCUGUUGUUUACUGGAAGAUGGAGCAGCAGCCCUUCAAAAAACUGAAACUUGAAGCUGAACGCCUUCGAGCCGAAAAAGAACACAAUAUCAUGGUUUCUACUCUUACGCACGUAAUCACAGGCGACAUUCAAAGUAUCAACAGCCAUGAACAAUUAUACACAAUGUUACCGCUGCCGCCGGAUGGUGACACUUGUCAGGAGGAUACAAAGAAGAAGAUGGUAAAGUACAGAGGUGUUAGAGAGAGGCCAUCGGGCAAAUGGGCAGCUGAGAUUUGGGAUCCAUCACGGAGAGAAAAAGUGUGGCUUGGCACGUUCGAGACGAAGGAGGCUGCUGCCAGGGCUUAUGAUAAGGCAGCCAUUGAAUUCCGUCACUUGCGUGGACUUAAAACCAAGCUUAAUUUUCCGUUUUCCGACUACAAUGCCACUUAAAGACACCAUGGAAAUGGAAGCGGAGAGCUUUAACAAUGGAACAGUUUGUAUGAUUGUUGGAUACCUCCGUAGAAACUUAGAGUCUGCUACUUGGGCAGUUGGUGCAGAACUAGUGAGUUUAAGAGCAUUAUUUAUUUAUUUACUCCAUUUGUUUAUAUAGUAUUUUCUCUUAAACUUUAAGUAACGGCAUUCGGCAGAGUAAAUGAGGGUUUUUUCGUCAUUUGAGCUUGAAGGGCAGGGAGGAAAUUUCGGCUGGCUUAAUCCCCAAAUAUAUCAGUUCUUCUUCUCUUUCCAUUGACACAUAUACUGCAUAAAAUUAGCCAGCCCUUAUUUCUUGCUCUGCUCUCUCGGCUUCUCUGCGUCCUAGCGCUAGUUAUUGUUUGUCAGAGAAAACUUUGGUUUUCUUGCUGUCAGGUCAUCGUCUGUAGUCCUGUGAGAUCGUUUGUUCUCCGGUUUGCCGUGGCCUAUGUAGAAUCAAUAAUAUCAGUUUCUUGAUUUGAUUCCUGAUUGUAUAUUAUAACUUGUAAACGUUAUUUCUUGGGUUUCGAGUUUGAAACCUAAAUCAGGUAUAUUGCUCUUGUGUUGCUUUAUUAUUAUUAUUAUUAUUUUAAGUAAAUGUAUGUAUUAGCAAAAAGAAAGAACUGGUCUAAAGGAAAAUACCCAAAAACAACC